GAUCACAGUCUCCACUCAAGAUUUAUGCAGGGUUUUUAAUUUCAUUGUGUUAAGGGAGAAAGCAGAAGUAUCUGUUUGUUGUGAUUUGGAAAACUGAUCAAGGAUGUGGAACGGCAACGGAAAUGCGGCGAUGCAGACGGCGAUGAGGUAUUUCUCCACGAGCUCGCGGAAGCGUGCCCCCAAUUUGAGGAAGAUAAACCCUAGGGUUCCAUUUCAGGAGGCCGCCUACAUUGCUGAAGGUCUCUACGACGUCAUCAAGGCUAAUGGCGCUCUCACCAUCGGAAAUGCGUGGAAUCACGUCAAGGAUGCUGGUAUCAGUGGUCUAAACAGCAAAACACACAUGAAGAUUAUGCUGAAGUGGAUGAGAGGUAGGAGCAUGCUCAAACAAAUCUGUAACCAAGUUGGAUCCAACAAGAAAUUUCUGGUCACCACAUAUCCAGAAGAACCUCAGAUGGACCAGGUGACUGCUACACCGCAGAAGUGAAGCCGAAGACUCAGAAACCUUCAAAGUCUGAUAGAAAACGAGCACGAUAAUGGGUGCGUGUGUAAGUGCUGUGCUGAUUGCUAUUUUGUUAUUUCUUCCCCCUAUUUUGGCCUUUAGUGAAAGUGUCGGUAUUGAGCACAAAAAUUUUCCCAUUCAAGGUAUGAAUGUGCUUUAGUUCCCUAUUGACAUGCCCUUAGAUUUGUUUGGAACAUAAAAUUGCUACUUUUGUUCUAAUCAAAGGCGAUAUGAUAUCCCCCUUCUCCAAAAGGAAAAAAGAUCUUUAGCUGCAAUAACUGCUGUAACUUAGGGGUUUUGAUUGUUUUAAUAAAUUAGAUUUGUAAUACAUGCGAUCGGUUUGAAGGAUUCCAUGAUCAAAUAAAUUAAAAAAUGUUGAGUC